UAAAAUCUUCGAACAAGAUCGAGCUUUGAAAUUAUGUCGGAAAUAAUUAAAAUCCAACCCCCGACAUACGGAAACCUAAUCACCGUGCUUAGCAUCGAUGGAGGUGGGAUUAGAGGGAUUAUUCCAGCAACCAUUCUCUCCUUUUUGGAAGCUCAACUUCAGGAAUUGGAUGGAGAGGAUGCAAGGCUUGCAGAUUACUUUGAUGUGAUAUCAGGAACAAGCACUGGAGGGCUUGUGACUGCCAUGAUAACAGCACCAAAUGAUAAAAAACGUCCACUGUUUGCUGCUAAGGAUAUCAAGGCUUUUUAUCUUGAACAUAGUCCGAAGAUUUUCCCACAACCUAAUUGGGGAUUUCUUGGGGAAGCUUUUAGUAUCGUCAAAAGACUUGGUGGACCAAAAUACAAUGGCAAAUACCUACAUAAAAUUAUCAAGGAAAAAUUAGGCAACUUGAAACUACAUGAUACUCUCACCAACAUUGUCAUACCAACCUUUGAUAUCAAGCAGCUACAGCCAACUAUAUUUUCGUCCUAUGAGGUGAAAAACAAUAACAGUUCAAUGGAUGCUGAUCUUUGUGAUAUCUGCAUAAGCACAUCAGCAGCUCCAACUUAUCUUCCUGCUCAUUACUUUCAAACAACAACCUCGGAAGGGAAAAGUAGGGAAUUUAAUCUUGUCGACGGCGGUGUUGCAGCGAAUAAUCCGGCAUUGGUGGCUAUAAAGGAAGUGACAAAGCAAAUAUUCAAAGGAAACCAGGACUUCUUCCCUAUCAAACCAAUGGACUUUGGUAGGUUUUUGGUGAUUUCAUUAGGGACUGGAACUGCAAAGAAUGAAGAGAAAUUUAAUGCUAAGAUGGCAAGCAAAUGGGGGGUUUUGAGCUGGUUGAUAGCUGGAGGUUCAAAUCCACUUAUUGAUGCAUUCACUCAUGCUAGUGGUGACAUGGUUGAUAUUCAUAUUUCGGUUGUUUUCCAAGCUUUACGAUCAGAAGAAAACUAUUUGCGUAUUCAGGAUGAUACAUUACGUGGGACGAUAUCAUCGGUGGAUGUUUCUACAAAGGAGAACUUGGAAGGCCUUGUGAAGAUCGGUGAGGAUUUGCUGAAGAAACCAGUUGCGAAGGUGAAUCUUGAAACAGGAGUUUUCGAGCCUACGGCGAAUGAAUCCAAUGAGCAAGCUCUUAUUAGGUUUGCAAAGAAACUUUCGCAUGAACGGAGAUUGCGCGAAAUGAGAUCACCCCUCACCAAAGGAACAAAGCAAAUUUUAAUUGAUACAAAUUAAGUUUAUAUACAUCUAGAUACAUAUUACUCGAUCUAUUUAAUUGUAGUAAAUGUAGACUUUAAUUCUUGAGUAAUCAUUGGUCAUUAUGUAUACGUCUGUAUGACUUGAAGUCUUGAACCAAACAAAUAAGAAAUAAUUCAGUCAAAAUAAGCAUUGAAGAAAGAUCAGACCAAAGCAUUCUUUCUCACAGUGCAUGCAGUUUGAAGAGAUGAAACAC